AUGCCUUCCUACCACCAGUCAGCCACCUACUCCCACAGCUCCAGCAGCUACGGCUACGGACACAGACACGCAAUGUCCGUCAACGACAGCGCAUACUCUUCACGAUCUUCAUCUUCAAAGAAGAGGGCCGCAUUGGGUGGUGGCAGUGGCCUUCGUUGGAUUUGUCCCAACUGCCCCGGAUCCAACAACUCGUGGGAAUAUGAUAGUUCCUGCCCCCUUUGCUUUAAACCUCGCCCGGCUGCUCCCGCAACCUUCUACAACUAG